AUGUUGCCAUAUUUCAUCCCAUCCGUUUUGACUCUGUUGUUCUGCAAAAGUCUUUACGCGGCGGAGUGCCCUCUUCUUGGACCAAUUUUCCCCCCACCUCGCGGACUUUCUUCCAUAUCAACCUGGAAGAAAGCAAUUGCGGAAUUCGAGUCGAACCUCAAAAACCUUCUUAGCCAUCCAUCCGGCUUGAAUGCUAACUCAACAUCUUUUUCAGUUAACAUAUUCUCGGCCUAUGAGGAUUCUUUGCUAUACACAUACUACCACGAUGCUCCUGGUCUCAAGGGCUCAAUAGCCAAAGGCCAGAAACUCAAUGGUGAUACAAUGUAUAGAAUAGCCAGUGUCUCGAAAGUUAUCACUGUAUAUACGCUCUUGAUCGAAGCAGGUUUCGGCAAACUAGACGAGCCAGUCGCAAGAUUUGUUCCCGAAAUUGUGGAGGCAAUCAAGACGAAUGGUGAUAGCCCAGACGCUACACUCUUCCCACAAUGGAGAGACAUUACACUUGGCUCUCUUGCGGGACAGCUAUCUGGACUUGGACGAGGCAAGGUUUCCACUUAUUUCAACGAUCUCGCGCUCACCUUCAAUCAAUCGGAAGCCACUCAGUUAGGAUUUCCACCAUUAAGUGAUUCUGAGAGACCCACAUGCGGUUUCAAAGGUUUUGUCUACAAGCCAUGCAGUCGGAGAGAGAUGUUCGAGGAGUUCAUAAACCGUGAUCCAGUGUUUGCUCCCUUCAGCACUCCGAUAUACUCUAAUCCUGCUUAUGAUAUCUUGGGAUACGCUAUUGAAGGGAUAACAAAAGUUUCGUUUGAAGAAUCAGUCAAGCGUUCGCUCAUCGACCCACUAAAACUCAAACGUUUCGGAGUCAAAAUGCCCCCUACGUCUUGGGGAAUUAUCCCAUUUGAUACUGUGUCAGCUGAAUGGAACGCUUCGCUUGACUCAUCCAACCCUGCAGCGGGAUUUUAUUCAAGUGCGAAUGACCUGGCUCUCGUGGGUCAGUCAAUUCUCCAAUCUCGUCUGAUUUCGCCAGCAGACACCAGACGUUGGCUAAAACCUAAUUCUCACACUUCCGAUUUCAGAAUCUCCGUUGGAAGCCCUUGGGAGAUUUUGCGAACAUCUCAUCCUAGAACAAUUGACUUUUAUACAAAAUCCGGUGACUUGAACAAAUAUGGCUCGAUCCUCGGCCUGAGCCCUGACCACGACGUUGGCUUUACUAUCCUAACUGCCGGCGCUAACCCCGGUACCCAAAGAUCACUGCUAACGGACCUGAUUAUCGAUUUGCUCAGGGACGCUCUGGACGAGGCAGCCAGAAUUCGAGCUGUAGCAGACUACGCUGGAACGUACUCAUCCUCCACAGGGACAGAAAAUAAAAAUGCAACUGUGCUUGAGAUUCGAGGCAAUAGAAAAGGUGAAAUCCCGGGGCUCAUAAUUGACUCGAUGUCCGUCAAUGGUGUCCCGCUGGAAGUUCACUUCUCUUCCCUUUUCCGAAGAACCGAACCCAUCUCGAAGAUAGGUCUCCGCCUCCAGCCCACCGGGUUAAAGGCAAAGUACACCGAUAGUUCGUGCAAGUCAGUCAAGUCACGAACAUCCUUUCGUGUUCUUUUGGAUAUUCCAAACACAGUCGCUAUUAACAAUGUGACGGCCGACUCGGUUUUUAGUGGCGUUUGCGGCAGCUGGGCGUCAGUUGAUGGCAUAGCGUAUGGGCGUGUCUCGAUUGAUGAAGUUAUCUUUGAACUGGAUGAGAUGGAUAAUGCUGUGGCGCUUGAGCUGAGGAUUGCUAAACAGACCCUGUUGAGACAGGAGAGCAGCAGGUCGUAA